AUGACUUCCUAUCACGGCGCCUGUGGCGCGGGAGGCUCGGCAGGUGAUGAUGGCGCUCCCAGUGCCUCGGCGGCCCGGGGUGGUGCUUCAGGCGGCGGGGAAGACGAGGCGGGAGCGAUAGGGCGCGCCGCGGCAGGCGCCGCAAGGGCAGGCGAGGCCGCGUUGGAUGAUUUUUCGGAUGCGCCGGUGGGCGAACCGCACUCGCUCUCCGCGGCGGAAACAGCAGCAGCGGCGGAAGCAACAGCAGCGGCAGGAGCGGAUGGUGGUGCAUCGCCUUAUGCUGCCAGUGCGGGUAGCACGGGUGCUGUGAACAGCGUGGAGGAGGGGAUUGAACGAGAGAGGGGGCGAGAGACAGGGGAGACAGGGCAUUCUGGCGUGACAGCAGGGCCAGGAGAGGCAGGGGGAACAGGGGAGGCAGGAAGGACAGAAGAGAGAACAGAGCGUGUUUCCGAAGCUGAAAAGGUGGCUCGGGAAAUGAGAGCCGCAGAUGCAGCAAUCAACGGCGAGGAUCAGCCGCCGUUCCUGCCGGGCCUCCCAGACGACUUGGCGUGGGCCAUUCUUCUCCGCGUGCCUCGGAGCAACCUGCAGGUUCUCAGGACCGGUCACAACGCGUGUGUGGCGUUCGAUCCGAGCAGCAGCACGUGGCACACACUGCCACCCAUCCCGGGCGCCCAGCAGCGGUCGGUGCUGACACUGCAGUUCGCGGCAGUGAAGGGGCGGCUGCUGGUGGCGGGAGUGGUGGAGAGAGAGGAUCCGCUCGACUCCGCCUCUGGCGUCUUCAUCUACCACCCCGCCCGAUCUCCCUCUCUUCCCCGUGCUUCUCCCCCUCCCCACAUGUCCCUCCCCCUCCCCACGUGCCACCUCCCCCACAUGCACCUCCCUGCAUGCCACCUGUGCAGGAACGAGUGGAAGCGGGCGGCGGCGAUCGGUACUGGGCGGUGGUUCUGCAUGUUUGGCGUGGUGGGCGGGCGGCUGUACGUGGCAGGCGGCAUCGGCACGUCCAACAGCCUGGCGCUGGUGGGGUCCGUGGAGGCGUAUGACGUGGAUGAAGACCGGUGGUGGCAGGUGGGAACAGCAGCAGCAUCAGCACGAGCGGAGCUGAUGACACUGCCAGGGUACCAGGCAGUGGUGGGGGGUUGCCUGGUGGCGAAGAACAUCGGGUGGGGGCAGCGCCUGGGCGUGGCCUUCAACCCGCGCACCAACACUGUCACUGAGCUGCCCCCCGCCAUGGUGCAGGUAAGGCAUGCUGGAUGGUGCAGUGUGGUACAACGUGGUGGAGCGAUAUGUGCAAGAGUGGGGUACAGGACAGUGGUGGGGCGUAGGGCAGCACCUCAGCGUGGCUUUCAACCUGCGCUGCAGCUCCGUCGCUGA